GCGGCCGGGUGACAAGCCACCUGCAGGUCUUGGGAGCAUCACGCCUGCCAUGGGCGCCGGCAGCUGCAUCUGGAGAGGUUGGACCUUGCAGAGCGAAGUUCUGAUGCGAGAGGCGGGCAUUUGCUUCCUGCUCUGCGCCUGGCUCGGCCUGGGGGUCCCUGUCCUGGGGGACAGAGGAGGGCCAGGGCCUGGGGCUUUCACCUGCUACAAUAACAACAUCCUCAGGAUUGAGUGCCGCUGGCCUGGCCCAGCGCCAGGCCAGGGAGCCGGCUCCUGGCUGCUCUUCACCAGCAACCUCGCGCUAGGCAGCGAGCACAAGUGUGUCUUCUGGGCCGGUGUUUGCACUGUGGAGCUGCCGCCCGAGGAGGUCCUCGUGCCUGCUGACAACUUCACCAUCACCUUCCACCGCCACGUCUCUGGGAAGGAGCAGGUCAGCCUGGUGGAUCCACAGUAUCUGCCCCGGAGACACGUGAAGCUGGACCCCCCCUUGGACUUGCAGAGCAACGUCAGCUCUGAGCACUGUGUCCUGACCUGGAGCAUCAGUCCUGCCUUGGAGCCGCUGGCCACGCUCCUCAGCUAUGAGCUGGCCUUCAAGAGGCAGGAGGAAGCCUGGGAGUGGGCUCGGCACAAGGAUCACAUCGUUGGGGUGACCUGGCUCAAACUUGAAGCCGCCGAGUUGGACCCCGGUUCUGCCUAUGAGGCCCGGCUGCGCGUUCAGAUGGCCACCCUAGAGGGCGAGGUGGCAGAGGAGGAGGGAUAUGACGGCGUGUGGAGUGACUGGAGCCAGCCUGCCUGCUUUGCCGCCCCCUCUAGACGAGGUCGCCUGGUCCCUGCUCUGGGGCAGGCCGACAGCACCCUGGUCGCUGUGUCCAUCUUCCUCCUGCUGAGCAGCCUGACCUACUUACUGUUCAAACUGUCGCCCAGGAUGAAGACAGCCUUGUACCAGGAUGUGCCGUCCCCAGGCCCAUUCUUCCAGCCUCUGUACAGCGUGCACAACGGGGACUUCCAGACCUGGAUAGGGGCCUGCGGAGCCGGCCCAGAGGCCGGCCGGGACCAUGUUGGCCCCCCACGAGGAGCCCUCCUGGAGGCCCGUGUCCGGGAGGCCGUUGCUUUGCUGCACUGUGACCCAGCGGAUGCCUGGCCGUCGGCGGGCCUGGAGGAGGAGGGUGGCCCUGGGCCCGGGCUCCCAGCAGGUGUGCUGCCAGCGGGACACGUGGAGCAGGCGGCGCCGUCGCCCGCCUACCUGCCUCAGGAGGACCGGGCCUCUGCGGGCCACCCCUGGCUGGCGCCCCCCCAGUGUGAGGGCAUCAGCGGCGACUACUGCGCCCUGGACUGCUCUGCGGGGAGCUGACCCCUGCCUUCCCGGGAAGCGUGGAGCUCUGCGCCCCCCCCAACACCGCCACCGCCCCCCACCCCCCGUGGCAUUUUCUGUGACUGGUCGAGCCUGGAUUCCCAGCCGGGAGGUGCUGUGUGGACAGGCCCGUGGUGCUGCAGCCUGUCCAUUCUGCAGCUCGUGGACCAGCGGCCCUGGAGCUGACCUGUGACCAGCACUGGACCUCCUGCGCAGGACCACCCAUGCAGUGGUCAGGUGUCGGGUCUGGGUGGAGGCAGGUGGGCUCUCCCCCCACCCCACACCUGUGGGCCUGGGCCUCUGCCCUCAGCGUCCCGCCAUCCUGGCCCCCAUCCACCAUUCCCCUCCCUGCUUCCGGGCUUAACCCCAGGCCCCUCGGAGAAGCGAGGUGUUGGGCCCACAGCCUGUUCUGCCCUCAGCCCCUUGAGAGGCCAGUCUGGGCCCCGUGGACACAGGUGAGAUGCAGCGAUGAGGCUGAGGGUCCGCUUUCUGUGCCUCCCUGGGCUCCCUCCCCUACCGAGAUUAAAAGGGACGAAUGGCUGUUUCAAAUUGCUGAUGGCUGGGGGGCGGGCCCAGAGGACAUGGAGGGGAGCUGCGGUCUGCUGCUCGGGGUUUAUGGGGGUGCUCAGUGACCAGCUCAGGGAGGCCCCCCUGCUCCUCCUCCUCCUCAUCCUCCCAGGGGCCCCAGGAAGCUGCGAGCUGUGGCCAGAGCCCCAAGGGUCAGGGCCAGAGUGACCGCUUGCCGUGGCCUUGGUCUGUGACCUUCUGUCACCUGCCUGUCACCUUCUCUGUGGUCUGGAGAAAGGGGGGCAGGGCAGAGGGCGCCUGUCUGUUCCCCGGUGCUGCUGCAGCAGCAUACCAGAAGCUGGGUGGCUUAGAACAGCAGAAAUUCAUGGUCUCGCAGUUCUGGGGGCCGGAAGUGUGAAAUCACAGUGUUGGCGGGGCCGCGGGGGUACCAGCGAGGACCUGACUCAGGCUGUGCCUGGCUUGGGUGAUUCCUGGCUUGAGGCUGCACAGCUCCAGCCUCACAAGGGCCCUGACUUCUGUCCAGGGCCCCUCUUUAUACCAGUGUCAUCACAGUGGAUCAGGGCUGACCUGAGAGACUUGCUCUAUUUUGGCUGAAUUAUGGGCUGAGACCCUGUUUCUAUAAAAGGUCAUGUUAGCAGGUACUGGAGUAGGACUUCCCCUUUCUGGGCAGCGUCCCUGCCUCUGCUAGACGUCUCUGAAUCCUUGCUGGUCCUGGGGUGCCAGGGUCCCUCCGGGGCCUCCCUAGCACUCUCCCUGGGCCUUACACACAGACCCUGUCCCGUCUGACUGCGGGACUUGGCUCUGGCACUGGGGUCAUCUGUUUAGCAAGGACGGCCGGGCCUGCCCUGAGGUUGGAAGUGCUGACGUAUUGCAGGUGGGAUAGAUGGAGGCCUGUCUCCUGGUUGCUGGGCCGGAGAGGCACCUCGCUGUGUUCUGAGCAGAGAGAAGCAAAGCUUCCCCAGGUCCUGAAGGCACAGGUCCCUCUGGCUCAGACAGGCCCCCCACCCCGCCCCACUGCAUGCUGUGGAGCCCUGAGGUUUGUGGAGAGCCACAGGCGGGACCAGGCAGGACCCCAAGUGUAUCUUUAGUUUCCAGAGAGUGGAGGUAUGUGGACGGAAGUGAGGCGCAGGCACCCUCUGCUCUAACCAAGGAUAAAAAUACCAGUGUGAAUCCACUUCCUAGAGCCGGCCCUGGGGAGCCCCAGGCCAGUGUAUUUAUAGUCGCAUCUGUGUGGCUCCGGCGGCACAUGUGGACCUGAGACCGGCAGGCUAGACGGCUGGGCACGGUGUUCGUUUGAUUCUCACACUUGGUCCUGCUCUUGCCUGAGUGAGAAGCCACUUUUAGAGGCUGGUGAAUGCAGAUGGGCCAUGCCUGCCCCUCAGGACAACCUGAGCCAGGUGCCUAUACACAGUGAGGCUCAGGAAACACUCAUUUCCACCUGUUCUGGGAAACGACCCUUGGCAACUGCACACUGAGACCCCAUGAGCCCUGAUGAGGGGUCGCAGAUCCCCACGUGUCUGUGAAGGAGGCCGGGAAGGCGGCCUGGGACUUGACGAGGGAGCUGCCGGAGGGAGGAGCUGAGUGACAGUGUGGCCGGGGCAUGAGUAUCCAGAGGGUGGCGGGCCGGGCCCCGUGGCAGCCGGGCCGUGGCCGGCCCUGAGGCUCUGCCGAGGCGGGGGCUGCCUGGGGGGCUCAGGGCGCUGUCUCUCUGGCUGUCGAUGCAGUGAAGUUUAUAUAGGAUGGAAUGAACCGUUUUAAAGUGUAGGCUCCUGUGACAUUCAGUGCGUCUGUCCUCUCUGCAGCUGUCACCUCUGUCUAGUUUUCACGCUGAAGGGAAACCCUCUAAGCACCCACCCCCUCUCCACCCUCCCUGUGACCUCCGGCCCCCACAGCCCACUUUCUGUCUUAUGAUUUACCUACUGUGGAUAUUUCAUACAAACGGCGUGGUAUAGUACAUGGCGUUUAGUGUUCUUUUCUUUUCCUCUUAGUGUAGUGGAUCUGAGGUGUGUCCACAUUGUAGUGGACAGUCUAUGGACAGACUGCACGCUCGUCCUUAGACAGAUGUUUGGGUUAUUUCCGCGUUUUCACUCUUGGGAACUGUGCUGCUAUGAAAGAUACUGUAUAAGUUUUUGUUUGAAUACCUGUUUUCAAUUCUUUGUGUGUGUUCCUAGGUUUAUACUUGAUAGAUUAUGUGUUAACUCUGUGUUCAUCUUUUUGAAGAAUUGCCAAACUGUUUUCCUCAGUGGCUGCAACGUUACAUGCCCAUUGGCAGUGUACUAUGGCUCCAUGUUCUGCAUAUUUUUUUCCAGCUCUUGUUAGUGUCCUUUUUUUUUCAUUUCUUUUUUUUCCUUUUGUGAAUUAAGUUGUUUUGAUAACAGCCAUUCUAAUGGAUGUGAAGCGGUGCCACACUGUGGUUUUUAUUUGUGUAUCCUUGACAGCUAAUGAUGCUGAGCAGCUGUUCGUGCCAUCUGUGUAUCUUGUUUGGAGAUAAGUCCUUUGCCCAUUUUAAAUUUGGGUUGUUUAUCCCUUUGUAGCUGAGUUGUAAGAGCUCUCUGUAUAUUCUGGAUACAAGAUGCUUAUCAGACUUGUGAUUAGCAAAUAUGUUUUUCUAUUCUGUAGGUUUUUUUUUUCACUUUCUUGAGAGUAUCCUUUGAAGCACAGAAGCUUUAAGUAUUUGUGAAGUGCAGUUAAUUUAUGUUUUAUCUUACUGCCUGUGUUUUUGUUGUCAUACCCAAGAAGUCAUUGCUAAACCCGGUGCCAGUGAGCAUGUGAAAAGAUGUUCAGCAUCACUAGCCAUCAGGGAAGUGAGAAAACCACAGUGAGAGGGAAUUCCCUGGCGAUCUUGUGGUUCGGAGUUUGUGCUUUCACUGCCAAAGACCCAGGUUCAAUCCCUGGUUGGGGAACUAAGAUCCCGCAAGCCUCACGGCUCAACCCACACAAACAAAAACAGAAAUAACCCACAGCAAGAUACCACUUCGCAUCUAUUAGAAAAGAAAGAGGAAACUACUGUUGGCAAGGAUGUGGAGAAAUUGGAACCCUGAAGAACUGCCGUGCAGCAUGUGGGGUCUUCCUGGUGCAGUGAUGGGAUCUGUGUGCCCUGCGUUGGGAGGUGGAUUCACCACCAUCAGACCACCAGAGAAACCCCUGUGAUUUGUCUUUUUAUUCUCUUAACAGCAUCUUUCAUGAGGUAGACAUUUUAAACUUUAAUAGACAGCAUCAGGUUUUUCUUUCUUUCAUGGACUAGUGUUUGGUGUUUUAUUUAAAAAACUCAUACCAAACCCAAGAUUAUAUAGAUUUUCUUCUAUAAUGGUUAUGAUUUUGCAUUUGAAAAAUUAAUGUUUACGGACCAUUCUGAGUGAAUUUUUGUGUGAGUUAGAGUAUUUGUAUCUACAUUCAUUUUUCUACGUGGCUUCCAGUUGCUUCCUGGCCAUUUGUGGACACACUUCCUUCCUCUAUUACACACUUCCUUUCUCUCUUAAGCUGUCCGUUUGGCUGGUCACUUGACUAGAUUCACAUGGGUCUAUUUUUGUGCUUUCUGUUCUGUUCUAUGUCUCUCUCUGCUCUCCAGCAUCACACUCUUCAUUUCUAUCGCUUUAUCAUAAGUUUUUGGGUUUGAACGAUGGGUUUCUGUAACUUUGUUGUUUAGUCUUCUGUUGUCUCCUUUAGGUUUUGAAACAGUUUGUCAAAUAUGUUUGGGAGGAAUUUGACUGAGAUUCUGUUGAAUCUACAGAAAGAAUGAUCCUUUUAACAACAUUGAGUGCAUUGCUCGUGAACAAGGAAGAGCUCUGUAUUUUAUAAUUUGUGCUCACCUGAGUGUCACUGUUUUCUGCACGCGUGCAUAUAUAUAUUUUGUAAGCUUUAUACUUCAGGGUUUUAAUUUUUGUGGUGCUAUUGUAACUUUUUUAGAUUAUACAGAUUCCAGGUUGUCCCGUGCAUUACUGCUGAUAUUGCCGUGGUCCCUCUAGACUGCUGUCACAAGCUACCACAGACAGUGGCCCAUCCCAUGAACAGUAGGAAUCUAUGUCUCAUUGCUCUGGAGGCUGACAGUCAGGGUUGGGGUACCAACCUGGCAGGGUGAGGACUCUCUUUUGGUGGCAGACUUCUCCUUGUGUCUCAUGCAGAGGAGAGGGGCUGGGGUCUGUCUCCUUCAUAAGGGCACGAGCCCCACUCCUGGGGACCCCACCCUCAUGACCUGUCGCCCGCCAAAGGCGGCCCCGCCUACUGUGUGUGGAUCUGGGGGCACGCAAGCAUUCAGACACAGCACUCUUGAAACAGAGAGUCAGUUGACUUAGGUUGACCUUUACUUUGCUUUUUGUUCCCCAUUUUCCGAUCAAGGCACAGGACUGGUGGGCUCUACUUCAGUUGGAAUUUCUAGAUUAUGACGUUGAAGAAUCACAGCACUGAAUUUCAGAAAUUCACUAGGACUGUCUGAGGGGGUGAACUGGACACUGCUGAACUGUGAGUGGGACGUGUUGGGCACUGUGUCCUGGAGGACAGCAGGGGUCCCCCCACACCAUUGAACUCUGUCCUGUGAGGGGUGCAUGGCAUUAUUUUUAAAUUUAUCCAAACCAGAAUUUAUUAAAAAUUUACUAUUCUGGUUUUUAAUGGAAGUAUACUCAUCAUGAAAUAUUUCUGAAGCAAGUCAAAAUUUGAUUGGCAGCAGGGAGUCCUGGCAUGCUGCCAUCCAUGAGGUUGCAGAGUCGGACACGGCAGAACAGCAACAAAUUGUAAUAGUAUGUAAAAUACUGUCUUUUUGUUAGACAUGGAACUCCUACAUCAGAUGAAAUGUUGGGCUGACCAGAAAGUUCGUUUUUUUCCAUACAGUGACUCUAGUAGCGCUUAGUUGUGUUUAACUUCAUUCAAAAGAAGCAAUUUUAUUAGACUGUAAUGUGACAGCUGUCAUACCAGCAUGCAUUUAAAAAUAGCUUACCAAAAUUGGUAGAUUUUUGUAUAGCUAUUUUAGUAAUGAAAAUGGAAGGAAAAAAGCAACAUUUUCAGCAUAUUAUGCUUUAUUAUUUUAAGAAAAAUAAAAGGGCAACAGAAAUGCAAAAAAGAUUUGUGCAGUUUAUGGAGAAAGUGCUGUGACUGAUUGAAUGUGUCAGAAGUGGUUUGUGAAGUUUUGUGCUGGAGAUUUCUUGCUGGAUGAUGCCCUACAGUCAGGUAGACCAGUUGAGAUUGAGAGUGAUCAAGCUGAGAUUUUUUUGAGGACAAUCCAUUUUACACUACGAGGGAGACAAUGGGCAUACUCAAAAUAUCCAAAUCAGUUGUUAAACAUCAUUUGUACCAGCUUGGUUAUGUUAAUCACUUUAAUGUUUGGGUUCCAAAUAAGUUAAGAAAACCUUCUUGACCUUAUUUUCACAUGUGAUUCUCUACUUAAACAUAAGGAGAACAUUCUGUUUUUAAAGCAAAUUGUGACAAGUGAUGAAAAGUGGAUACAGUACAAUAAUAUGGAACGGAAGAGAUUAUGGGGCAAGCAAAAUGAACCACCACCAGCCACACCCAGGUUGGUCUUCAGCCAAAGAAGGUGAUGUCGUGUAUAUGGUGGGAGUGGAAGGGAGUCCUCUAUUAUGAGCUCCUUCCAGAAAACCAAACGAUUAAUUCCAAUAAUGCUCCCAGUGCUCUUCAGUUAGACCAACUGAAGGCAGCACUCAACAAAAGGUGUCUGGAAUUAGUCAACAGAAAACAAAUAAUCUUCCAUCAAGAUACUGCAAGACCAAGUGUUUCCUUGAUGACCAGGCAAAAACUGUUAACAGCUUGGCUGGGAAGUUCUGAUUCAUCUGCUUUGUUCACCAGACAUUCCACCUUCAGAUGUCCAUGUAUUUCGGUCUUUACAAAAUUCUCUUAGCGGAGAAAAUAUCAAUACCCUGGCAGAGUGCCAAAGGCACCUGGAACAGUUCUUUGCUCAAAAAUAUAAAAAGUUUUGGGAUGAUGGAAUUAUGAGUUGUAAGUUGCCUAAAAAUUGGCAGAAGGUAGUACAACAAAAUGAAUAUGUUGUUCAAUAAA